GUUCGCCGUGCUGUUCUUCAACUGCCUCCUCACCUUCGGUUCCUACUUCUGCUUCGACAUCCCCAGCGUCCUGCAGCAGCAGUUCCAAGGGAACUUGACCUGCCCCAAUGGAACCCAGCAGAACAGCACUAACACCACGCUGGAGUGUGUGGAAGGCUUGGGAAUGACCCCAGCUCAGUACAACCUGCUCUAUGCCAUCUAUGCCUGGACAAAUGCAGGAAUGGUUAUUCUGGCUGGAUUUCUGAUUGAUAAACUGGGAAAUAGCUUUGGUGUCUUUGUUUUCUCUCUUCUGACUGUGCUGGGAUCAUCCAUCUUUGCUCUAGGCUCACACUUCAAGGGCUCACCAUACCUCCUCCCAAUGAUGCUAACAGGAAGAUUGCUUUUUGGCUCUGGGAAUGGGUCACUUACGAUUGUGCAGAAUCGUAUCACAGCCUUCUGGUUCAAGGGGAAGGAACUGGCACUGGCAUUUGGACUGACUCUGUCUUUCUCCCGACUUGGGAGUGUCCUCAACUUCUUCUUCACUCAGCAGUUCGAGGCAAAGUUUGGAAUGCAGUGGACACUCUGGGGAGGGAGCCUGCUCUGUGUGCUGGGGUUUGUCUCAGCCCUCACAGUCAGUGUGCUGGAUAAAGUGGGCAUGAAGCAGCUGGGCUUGGAUGGUGUUAUCCAGCAAGAGUCCAAAAAAGUGAGGAUUCAGGACAUUCAACACCUUCCCCUUCGUUACUGGCUCCUGGUCCUCACCAUCAUGUUCUUCUACAACGGAGUCUUCCCCUUCGUGGCAGAUGCCAGCAAGUUCAUCCAGGAUAAAUAUUCUGGCUACAGUCAGCAGGCAGCUGCUUAUAUUGCUGGGGCAGUGUAUGACAGCUCCCUCGUUCUCUCUGCAGCAGUUGGCAUAUUGAUUGACUACGUUGGACUCAGAGGUGUCUUUGCUGUUGGCUGUGCUGUGCUGACUCUGCCAGUCUUUGCUCUCCUGGCAUUCACGUUUGUGCCUCCACUGGUCUCUACCAUCUGGCUGGGGAUCACUUACUCCUUCGCUGCUGCUAGUAUGUGGCCAUCCAUACCCCUCGUGGUCCCCCAGGCAACUUUAGGGACAGCAAUGGGAUUGGCAACCUCUGUGCAGAUGGUUGGAGUUGGCCUUUCAAAUCUGAUUGUUGGACACAUUCUGGGAACAAAGUCCAGUGAACUAAAGAUCCCCCUGUGGCGCUGGCAGCAGGUGAUGAUCUUUAUGUUGGCAAACACUAUUGCGUGCAUUGUUGCCUCCAUUAGCCUCAAUGUUGUGGACAAGACCCAGGAUGGGACACUGAACAGAAGCAGAAAAGGAGCAGCUGUGGGGCAGGACAGAGACCCUGAGGAUGCAGCACAGCUCCUAAAUGAUGACACAGGAACCGAAGGCUCUGUCAGCUGA